AUGGAUUAUGAAAUGGAUAUUGAGCCCACGGGGCCCCAGGUGACCGUAAGAGAGGCCGAGCCAUACCACGUCGACUUCAAACUCAGCUCCGUGGACCUCGCCUUCGCCAACUCGCUGCGCCGCGUCAUCCUCGCCGAAGUGCCCACGAUGGCCAUCGACCUGGUGGAAGUCGAACGCAACACGUCGGUACUCCCGGACGAGUUCCUCGCGCACCGGCUGGGCCUGAUCCCGCUGAACUCGAAGAACUGCGACCAGGACGUCGAGUACACGCGCGACUGUGACUGCGAGGACCGCUGCGCGCGCUGCAGCGUCACCCUGACACUGCACGCGCGCUGCACGGGUGACGAGAUCAUGCCGGUGUACGCGCGUGAUCUGGUGGUUACGGGCGAGCGCGCGAACGAGUGGGUCGGCACCCCCGUGCUCACGGACCCGGAGGGCAAGGGCUCGCUGAUCUGCAAGCUGCGCCGCGGCCAGGAGCUUAAGAUGACCUGUAUUGCGAAGAAGGGGAUGGCCAAGGAGCAUGCGAAGUGGGCGCCCACGGCCGCCGUGGGCUUCGAGUACGAUCCGCACAAUAACCUGCGACAUGUGGAUUAUUGGUACGAGGAGGAUCCCAUCAAGGAGUGGCCCAUCUCGCAGAACGCUGCCUGGGAACACGCCGCUCCUCCCGACCAACCGUUCGACUACGACGCCACCCCCAACAACUUCUACAUCGACGUCGAGAGCAUCGGCAACCUCGACCCGGACACCAUCAUCCAGCAGGGCAUCGUCGUCCUGCAACGCAAGCUCGCCACCGUUAUCUCCUCCCUCUCCGGCGCCGGCAACGGCGGCAUGGGCGACGACGACGACAUGAUGGGCGUGCGCAGCCCGGAUGCCUACGAGCCGCCGGAGGGCAUGGACGGCGGGUUCACCGCGUACGCCAACGGCGGCACCAGUGCCUGGGGCGCGAGCGCCGCGACGCCAUACGGUGCGACGCCGUACAGCGGAGGCGGGUACGGUUAUUAA